GCAUCGAGGGAACGCUCAAGGAUAGACGAUGUUUUGUGGGGUUAUAAUUCAUCGACUUUCAUUGGCUUUGUGUUGUUUGGCGCUGUUUCAAGUUACAGUAUUUGCUUCAAACGAGCCAGAGGACAAGACCUUUGAACCGGGAGAAAAUAUCACCCUUGUUUGUGGUAACGGAAGCCUGUCCUCCUCCACUUUUUUAAAAUGGACCAAGGACGAAAACAUUUUAUUUAACACUACCUCUCACAAUAUAAGUUUAGUCCUUUCUAAUCUCACGAAAGAAGAUGCUGGAUUGUACAUUUGCACAGCAAAUAAUUCAAAGGUAUUGAAGAAAAUUCAACUCGUCUCCCCAUCAGAUGUUCAAGAAGAAACAGAACAGCCGCCAGAGGAACAAGACGAUGGACUCAGCAAUGUUGACUACAUCGCCAUCGCUCUUGCACUUGGCUUGACAGUUUUUAUCGUUGUUUUUUUGGCGAUAUUCCUUUACCGGGCAAAAAGACGCCGAAAGAAUGAAUACUACAAAAGACGAUGGAGAGUCAAUGUCAACGGAAAUCAAAACGUGGCUGUUGAAGAGGAAAACGUGAGAAAACCCGAUUAUCCAAUAAAUGAUUUCCAGGUGAGAAUGGCUCCCAAAGGACCCCGUAAAUCUUCACGGCAGAACAACAGACCAGCGGAAUAUCACUGGCUGGAGACUUUAGGAAGGGACGAACAGCCUGAUGGGAACGCCAACGCACCUGGGCGACCUAUGUACCAGUACACUGCAUACGUGUAAUAUGAUUGGACAUUUUUGACUUGUUAAAAUAUAUUUUUUAAAUUAAAAGAAAUCUGUCGAAAUAGUUCGUAGUCAGGAGCCCAUUAAUGUGCUCCUGUCUUGAGUCAUCAGUUCAAAGGCUAUCCUUUGCAGAUUGUUUCUGAUCAGCUUUUAAAAAUUUUCCCUGUUUUGAAUAUGCCUUCAUAGGGCUCUGCUUGAGCUGGUGACACUUUUAGACCUGCGGAAUUAUUUUUAGGGGAAAGUUACAGUUAAAAGUGAUGCAUUGUUGAAACAAA